CCCUCGUGGCCAGACGUAGCGUGUCGUCCUGUGCUUUCCCCUCCGCUACUGCUGCUCUGGGGCUCUCUCUGUCUCCUGCUCGCUGGUAGGCCCUUCGGCCACGCCCGUCUUCUAUAUCUUGCGCCUCUGGUUGUCGAGCAGGACGGUCGUACACGAGACCCAGAGCAGAGAAGCAGGAGGUCCGGUAGUGGUAGUGGUAGUGGAGGGGUGAGGGUGAGGGUGAGGAUUCGAAAGCUUUCGUCGGCAGGUGUUCGUGGGAAUUGGAAUUGUAAUUGGAAUUGAAGUUUGAACUGUCGUCGAGGUUUCGUUUCGGGUGGUGAAAAAAAUCCAGCGGGAAAAAAAAUUCUAGAGGAAAUCAUGGACCCCGUCGCCGAGAGGAGGCUGAGGCGCAUGUUGGAGCACCUCGUGGCUCCCCAGCUCAGCACCGUGAGCCUGGAUCGCUCCGUGUGCCUGUCUCAGACUGCCAACGCCAAUGCCGCUCAGGAAGACGUCGUCUACGUGCCCGGCGACUUCGCCCGAAAAUCUUUGAUUUCGUCCCGAUCUCAGUACGAGGAGCUGUACAACGAGGCCAUCGCCGAUCCCAACGCUUUCUGGGGCAGAGUCGCCGCAGGAUACUUCUGGCAGAAGCUGUGGGACACGAGCAAGCCAAUCUGCAACUACAACUUCGAUGCCGACAAGGGCCCCGUUUUCGUCGAAUGGUUCAAAGGAGGGUACACGAACGUGUGCUACAACGCGCUGGACAGGCACGUCCUGGCCGGGCAUGGACAUCAGAUGUGCUUCCUGUGGGAGGGCAACGAUCCAGGCCAGAACGCGUACCUGACCUACAGCGACGUCCUGAAGAAGGUGUGCCAGGUCGCGAAUUUCCUCCGAGCCCGGGGCGUGAAGAAGGGAGACCGAGUGUGCAUCUACAUGUCGAUGAUCUGCGAGCUGCCCAUCGCCAUGCUGGCCUGCGCUCGGAUCGGCGCUGUCCACUCGGUCGUCUUCGGAGGGUUCAGCUCGGAGUCGCUGGCCGGACGCAUUCUCGAUUGCCAGGCCAAGGUUCUGCUCACGUGCUCGGGAGGUCGACGAGCGAACAAGGUCCUCCCUCUGAAGCAAAUCGUGGACGAUGCUCUGCAAAUCUGCCUCAAGGAAGGCAACUUCCGAGUCGAGACCUGUUUGGUGUACGACAACAGCUUCGCCAUUCCUCGUCAGAACGUUCCAUGGGUCCAGGGACGGGACGUCUGGUGGCAGGAGACCAUCUCUCAGUUCUCGGUCGAUUCCCCCGUCGAGUGGAUGGAGGCGGAAGAGCCGCUCUUCAUGCUCUACACCAGUGGCUCCACCGGCAAGCCCAAGGGACUGAUCCACACCGUCGGCGGGUACAUGGUGUACGCUGGGCUUACGUUCAAGCAUGCGUUCGACCACCAGGCCGGUGACAUUUUCUGGUGCACAGCCGAUUGUGGCUGGAUCACGGGUCACACUUAUGUGGCCUACGGGCCGCUUCUGAACCGCGCCACUUCCGUCAUCUUCGAGGGAGUGCCGACGUUCCCCGACGCCGGAAGGUGGUGGCAGAUCAUCGACAAGUACCAAGUCAGCAUCCUGUACGCGGCCCCGACCGCCAUUCGAACUCUCGCCGCUCAAGGGGACGAGAUCGUGCGCAAGUACUCGAGGAAGUCGCUUCGGCUCCUAGGAUCCGUCGGAGAGCCCAUCAGCCCCAAGACCUGGCAGUGGUUCUACGACGUCGUCGGCGACUCUCGAUGCCCCAUCGUCGACACCUGGUGGCAGACGGAGACUGGAGGAUGCAUGAUUUUCUCCCUCCCUGGAGCUUGGCCCAUGAAGCCCGGAUGCGCUUCUCUGCCCUUCUUCGGUGUGCAGCCUGUGAUUUUGGACCAGGAAGGAAAGGAGCAGCACGGACCAUGCGAGGGGUACCUGUGCAUCAAGGCGCCAUGGCCGGGCGUUGCAAGGACGGUGUUCGGCGACCAUGAGCGAUAUGAGAACACUUACUUCAAGACCUGGAAGGGGCUGUACACGACCGGAGAUGGAUGUCGCCGGGACGCCGAUGGUUUCAUCUGGAUCACGGGCCGUGUGGAUGACGUCCUCAACGUGAGCGGGCACAGGAUCUCGACGGGAGAAGUGGAGGGGGCUUUGGUUUCUCAUCCCCUGUGCACGGAGGCUGCAGUCGUCGGCUACGACCACGAGGUCAAGGGGCAGGCAAUUUACGCUUUCGUUAGUCUGAGCCACGAUGCUACGCCCUCGGACGCCCUGAAGAAGCAGCUGCAGGACGCCGUGAGGAAGCAGAUCGGAGCAUUCGCUGCUCCGGAUGUUAUUCAGUGGGCUGUCGGUCUGCCCAAGACCAGGAGCGGAAAGAUCAUGAGGCGCAUUCUGCGCAAGAUCGCAGCUCGUCAGUUCAAUGACAUCGGUGACACCAGCUCUUUGGCCGAUCCUUCAGUCGUCGACCAAUUGAUCAAGGGCAUGUAAAUCAGCAGCACAGAGGCCGGGGGCUUUUGUGAACGUAUAUAGCGAGAGCAGUGGAAGGAAGGAAGGAAGGUGUUUCUAAGUACGAAGAUGUACUGAGCCGGCACAUGUUCUGUACUAUUUUAGAGAACGGUGUAGAGAGUAGAGAUGGGACGGGUAGAGGGUCGAAGCUGGAGGCUUAAAAUUAAACUAUUUUGCGCUAGUCUGCAAUAUGGCCAUUGUAAAAAUCGCCCAACGGAUGCUCGUUUUUUAAGGUAUGGUCUG